CGUAUGUUUUCUGAAUUCAUGAGAUUAGUCACGCUUUUUUUGUUGACUCUCGGUUGGCCUGUGCCCAAGUGAUGACCAAGUGAUAUACAUGUAUAAGGCUUUGAGGAAAACAAACCUACACAAGAUCUAGUUCAGGGUCUUGUGCACUAUUUUUGCACGUGUGGAAAAGUGUUGUUAAUAACGGCUGGAGAGUCAAGAGCUUUCACUGGCAGCCUGGGAGAGUUGUUUGGCUUUUGCAGGGAAGAAUCAGGCACGAUAAAAGCUCUGGGACAUUUAUUCCGAAGUGACGUCAAUCUCCCGAGUUUGCCCGAGCAGCGGCAUCAUUCGCCGGCUGCCGGUUACUGAAAAGAAAGAGACUUAAGCCACUUGACUGGCGGUGAUCCGAAAACAGAGCAGAAAUGAAGAUGCAUGCUCAAGUUAAGAGCUCUGAGCCAACUCUGACCGGGUCUGCAACAAAGAGAGUCAGUUUCGCAGACCUGGUUGGUCUCAAACUCGAGUUCGUGAAAACAAUAACUCCGUGCAGUAGCGAGGAAAACUUAAAUGCCAUGGGUGCUUGGAAAAAGCACUGUGAUAUCAACGGUAAUGUAACCAGAAGACAACCAAGUAAAUAUCGAUAUCUUUGCCCGUGCUUUGUCGCACCUUCCCGAGCAGAAUGCAGCUUUAUGGAACGAGUGUUCAGCCAGAAUGUAUGCCUCGAGAAUAUCGCGUGCGAUAACUUUGUUGUGGCCGGGCUUAUUCGCGUGACAAAUUUAUGUUACGCUAAAGAGGUUUGCUUACGGUUUACAAAAGAUGGUUGGGCAUCUUCUAAAGACGUUUGGGCAGAUUAUCUGUCUUCUUGUUCAGAUGGAAAGACUGACAAGUUUACCUUUCGUAUCACAGUUCCCUUUGACUUUGAAGCAAAUCAAUGCGUGGAGUUUGCGAUACGGUAUCGUGCUUCAAACCAAGAGUUUUGGGACAAUAAUUACGGAAAUAAUUACCAUAUUCAGUGCGUAGAUGUCUUGCCUGAACAGCGACGGUCUUAAAAUGAAUUUUAACUGAUAUCUUAAGAAAACUGUUGAAACAACGAAAACUGUUUAUGGCCUUUCGCUUAUUCAAGGGCAAUUUAUUCCUCGAAAUAGCCGACGCGAAACAGAUAAUAUCAGAGUGUUUGUACACAAUUUGUAAAUGUGAUCCCAGAUUGUGUAAAAGGCUCUCAAAUGAUUUAAGGCCAAUAUCGUAUGUGAAACACCGUAGGCUUCUCAUCCUUGAAAUAGCGAAAUUCGUUUGUUGACUAAAAUGUUUCCAUAUCUAAAACAUUGUUAGGUUAUUAAUUUGCCUGACAACACCGAAAACAAGGUGACCUUAGGUGGCAUUUACUUGACGUUUUUUAUUUAAAAAAAAAUUUGGGUCGGUUGCACGUCUUUCACACGUUUUGAUCAACUCUAAGGGAAAAAACAUGAAUGAAUGCAUAAAAAAUUAUGAUUAUCCUUAAGGGUAAAAUUAUGUUACUGAUGUCAAAGAAAGCAAAGGCAUGCCACAAACAGUACGAAAAUUAAACUGAGAGGCAACGUCCGUUGUAAGCUAUUUGCAUUCGUGUCGUUGUUGUUUGUUUUUCUUUAGUAUUUUCCUCAAAUGAUUCUUCGUUU